UUUUUCAUGCUCUAUGAACGUCAUCAAACUCAAGUGAAUUUCAGUGAAUUUUGGCAAUUUGCUUGUCUAAUUUUGAUUUUGUGCUCUCGGCCUCUCGUCUCUUGGACAUUUAAUUUAUAACAUUAUCAUCAUAUAAUUUGUUAAUAAAAAAAAAAACAACAAAAAUGUUGAUCAAAGUCAAGACACUCACAGGAAAAGAGAUUGAGAUUGAUAUUGAACCCACAGACAAAGUUGAAAGAAUCAAAGAAAGAGUUGAAGAAAAAGAAGGUAUCCCACCGCAGCAACAAAGAUUAAUUUUUUCUGGAAAACAAAUGAAUGAUGAAAAAACAGCUCAAGAUUACAAAGUCCAGGGUGGAUCAGUUCUUCACUUGGUAUUGGCAUUACGUGGUGGAUAUUAAAUCAACAUUCCACAUCUAAUUUUUAUUUUUUCAAAAAGUUCAAAUGCUAAUAUCGUCAUAGCAACAUUUCAUACAACCAAAUGCAAAAAUAAUUUAAAAUAAUUAUAACAACGAAAUGAAAGGAUAAAAAAAGAUAAUGAGACAUGAAAUAUCUCGUUACAAUAAAGUGUUGAAGAUCAUACAUA